CCUUAGGUCACGGCUUCCGCCGGCGCCAGUGGCCUAGCUCCCUGCGGCUGUCCUUGGUCGCCUUGUCACCAGGCUGAAGCAGUCAAGAUGACCUUAUUUCAGCUUCUACGUGAGCACUGGGUUCAUAUACUUGUCCCUGCGGGAUUUGUCUUUGGAUGUUAUCUAGACAGAAAGGAUGAUGAAAAGCUAACUGCCUUCAGGAAUAAGAGCAUGCUAUUUCAAAGGGAACUGAGGCCCAAUGAAGAAGUUACUUGGAAGUAAAAAAUGGUUAAAUCACAGAAUGUUCACAUUAUAAAAGUUAUUGGAGAAAUAAAAACAUUUACUAUUUAAUUAGAAGAA